CUGCAGUUUCCAGGCCGGCCCGCAGUGCCGGCACUCGGCGCAGUUGCCGCGGUGUGUGCCCAGGGGCGGCUGCCGGCAUGGAUGAGGAGGCCACGAGAGAUUUUAAUGAGCGCUGCGCCCAAUGUUCGGAAGUGAACUGGGGUCUCACUGACGGAGGCCGGUUUUAUUGCAGAUCUUGCCACAAUGUUACUGAGAGAACUAGAGAAGUUGUAAACACUGAUUUUCUUUGUAACACAAGAGUCCAGACAAUCUCCAAAGGUUUAAGAAAGAAGGAAAAAAAGGAUGGAGGGUAUGAAUGGUAUGUUUGUGAAGGCUUUCAGCUUGUACUCAAGAAACAAGCUGAAGCUUUAGAAGCGCUAGGAGUAUGCCCACAAAUGAAGGAUGAAAUUCUGUGCACUUUUUGGAGGUGUUACCUUCAGAAGAGCAAUCAGGCAUAUUGCAACAGACCAGCUGAGGGAACUGUCAAAGCAUUAUCAGUAUGCAACAGCAGUACUGAUGUGGACAGCGAACCAGAGAGAUCUAGCCUUCAGUUCUUGUCUGUCUCUGAAAGUGAGGGGGAUUUACUGACUGAUUGCAGCUUUGUCUCAUCGGCUGGCAAGAUCUCAGAAAGCACCUCUGUGUGCUCUGGAUCAGUAGAUGGUAGUUUGUAUUUAAUGAAGAACCAAAAGGAGAAACUGAGGAUGACGAUGCCAAUGACCCUUUCAUUUUGUUACAUGGCCUUACUCUGGUUGAGAGAACCAAUGACGUUAUCUGAUCUCUUAAGGUUUGUUGUGGAAGGUCAUAUUCCAUAUUUGAAUGUUUUUCAGCAUUUUCCGGAGAAGAUGAAAUUACACGGAGUUGAUCUUAAGAUCUUUUGUGUAGAGUCCUGGCCUGCAUAUGAAGAAGUAUACAACAAAAUGCUAGAGCUUGCAGCCUUCUUAGACCUACCUCGUUUUCCAGAUAUAACAGACAGCUGCUUUCUUCAUCCAGACAUGUUGUGCAUGAAGUACUUGAUGGAAGCUAAUUUACCUGAUGAAUUGCAUAAUUGGACUUGUCGAGUGGUGAAAAAGAUCUGUAUUGGAGAAGUGGAUUUCCUGACUCUUGUGCCUGGAAAUAAAUCAACAAGAAAAGUGAAAUACGAUGUUCUUGCUGCCGCAGUUAUUGUAGUUGUGCUCAAAUUACUGUUUUUAUUAGAUGAUAACUAUGAAUGGUUACUUUCAGACUUUGCUGAAGAAAGAAAUAAAAAUAACAAAGAAGGUAGUCCAUAUUUUGAGUUCAAAAAGUGGUACAAGGUGAUAAAAUGUUCCUUGGAUGUGAAGCAAAAGAAAUUAGAUGAAGAAAACGCAAAGCAUCUAUGGAGAUGUGAAAAGCCACUGUUUUAUUCAGCCGAGAAGAAAGCUAGAGUUCUUAAGAGAAGACAAAUGGUUGUGAAUCUACAAAAUCAGUUUGGCAAGCUGUCUGGUUCAGUGCAACCUGCUGAAAAGCCAAAUCCUUCAAGUUUUCAGUUAAGUUGGUCUGAAGAAAACACAGAUGGGAGCUGUUUUCACGGGCAUAGCCUGAAGGGAAUUUUGCAAGAAAAAUGUGGUGUACUUACAGCCAUGAACUCUGACUAUUGGCUGUGUACACUGAAACUAUGUACUGAGAAAUUGUGUGGUCAUCUGGCUCAUUACAGAGAAGUGGACUUCCCCCAGAGUUACCAUUUUGUACUAAAAUUAUUCUCCUUUCUUCUGAGGAUACAACCCUCUUAUAUCCACGAUGAGGUCUGUGCUAUAGAACAGAAACUUUUUAAUAAAAAAGUCUUUAAAAAGCCAAAAUAUAGUGCAGGUAUAAGGAAGUAAAAAGACUAAAAAUAACAGUAUUAAACCCUUGUAAAUUAGUUGGUUGGAUCCCAAGCCACGGUAUUACGUCUAAACCUACACUGAUCCUUUUGCCUGCAUGGAAGUUCUUUGUUAGGAUAGUAGCGCUGAGCUCUACUACUGUACUUAACUUGUAGUGUCAUUUUAUCUGUAUUUUAAGUCAUCGGUCUUCAGCUGGGAAAGUUACCAAGGUAACAGUUUAUCACAAUUUAUUUCCUCACUUUGCGUGAGCGCCAACAGGAAGCUAUGAAAUUUGCCAUUUUUUGGUAUAAUUGUAUAUACUUUUAAGUGUACUGGACAGCACAUUAAGAUCUAAUUACACUGUGAGACUUUGCAAUUAAAAUAUUAUCUAUUUUUUUACCUACUGUUGUAUGGCAGCAAAUAUAUUUUGAGAAAGUUAUGUUUACUUUGUUGUGAAAUAGUGUGUUAACAAGUACAAGGAGCAGUUGGUUGAUGUUUUCACUGCAGUGAGUUUUUUAGUCAUUGUUUCUAAACAGACUGUUCUGGAGCAACUCUGGCACUGUUUUCUAAAUUUGCUAGCAUCUUGUGUAUCUCCCAGUCUCCUUUUUAUGUCUGAGCCUCUCAUUCAAGUUAACACUUUUCAGGUCCAUGUUCCACUUCAGGCUUCACAGAUUUUGCAGCUAUAUUUUAUAUAUUUUAUACCUGGGACUGCCCAUCCUAUUUCUUGUGCAACGGUGACUGCCAGGUUUUCCUGCCAUUCUUCUUUUGCAAGGCUACUGUCAUUUGAAUUUCUUCUGACUGCUUUAUAAUCCAGCAUCUUCAGUAGCUUGUGCCUCAGCCAUUCUGCCAGUUUCUCAUGUUCAAUCUUAUUUAUGCACUGUGUUUUCAGCUAUCCCAGACAACGUGUAAAUGAAGUUGGGUGCUGCCACUACAUUAAAGACACCAUAACAUAUACAUAUGUUGAACAGAGAUGUUGAGUAGAUAGCCAGAUGAAUAAUGCUGCUUUCAGUUGAAUUAAAUAAAAUUCAGUGAUUCCGACCAUCAGUAUGGAGUACAGAAGUUGCCAAAUAUAUUUGAUCAAAGCCAAAAUCAACAGUUGUUUCUAAGCUUUAUUAUAAACAAGAAAAAAUGGUGUCUGCAGACAUAAAAGAGUAAUACCUUCCUUCCUGAGCAAGGGCUUCAGUGAGGUGUAAUCUGGGAAGGUAAUCAGUCCAACGAGUAGACUCUGAGUGUGAUGGAAGGGUUGUCUAAAAAUUUGAAACAGGUGAAUAAUAGGGGAGGAGAAAUGCUGCUAUACCUCUCUGGAGCAAAGUGAUAAAGUAGUGUUUCAAGCAUGGGUAGAGCAGAUAGGACUAUUAAAGGUAAAUUGUAAUAGUCAAUUGGAAAUACUGGCAAACCAGGAGGCUUCACUGGCUCAGCAGAGGCAGGAGAUAAUUAAGCAUGGUGUCCUGAUCUAAGGUGAUAAAAAAGACACACUUCAGGUGGGAGUUUUUACUUUUUCAGGUAUUUUAAGUAGUUAUGGUAGAACAGGUAUUGAGAGCAAUGGUCCUAUAGUGUGAUUGUAACAUGCAAAUGAGAAGGCAUAGUUUUAGCCAUACAGAGCUAAACUGUGCUUGAUGGGGGAAGAGGAAAGAGCAGACUGAGUUGUUAAGUGUUCUAUGUUUUCGAGAUUUCAUAAGUAGCUAUAGUUCAGUAUGUCUAAAUCUGAGGUAUCUAGCACAACAUGACAACAGACUUCGACGACGUGUCUUGAACUGAUGUUUACGUUAAUGGACUCGGAAUACAACAAUUUGAAUCUCAUCUUGUGUCUAGUGUUUGUGUUUUAAAAUUAGCUACCAUCUAUUAUAUUGACCUUACCUGAGUGAAUUACUAAAGUUUGUAAAUAUUUGGUAAAAUUAUUCAUUCUUGUUCUGGAUUAGUAUUUGUAUCAGUUAAAAAUCUACAAAAGUGUAAUACACAUUGUCACUGUUUUCAACAAUGCUUGCUUAAGCAA